GGAUGUUGCGGCCCUGCAGGCUGCUCCUGUGGCAGGCGACUCUCAGACUCUCCUAUCAUGUUGUCACAGCCAGUCUGUGUCUCGGAGGGUCGGACAUCUUCGCCUCGGUCCCGGAGAACAGCUCGGCGGGUCGGUUCGUCUCCGACGUCAACAUCCGGGCCGAUCCGGGAGCCAACACCGUGCGGCUGUGCCUGAGCGGCCAGGAUGCAGAGUGGUUCUACCUGGAGGGCCGGACCAUCAGGCUCAACACGUCCGCCUCCAGAGUCCUGGACCGAGAGGUGGUGGCUUCAGUGCUGAUCGCGGAGCUGACCUGUUACGAGGACGACGUGGUCCAGGGUCGCUACCGGAUCCUGGUGGAGGUCCUGAACGAAAACGACAACACGCCGGCGUUCCUGCAGGAGACCGUCCAGCCGCUCACCGUCAGCGAGGUGACUGCAGUGAACUCCGUGGUUUUCACCGUGAGGGCCGUCGAUGCCGACGGAGACAUGAUCACCUACAUCAUUGACAAGUCAUGGCCGGACGCACACUUCUUCAGGAUCGACCUGCCCAACAGUGGAAGCGUGGUGCUGAACAAACCGCUGGACUACGAGACCAAGACUCGCAUGCAGCUGGUCUUGUGGGCCGAGGAAUCGAACACGGUGGAGAAGUUCAACACGUCGGCUGUGCUCGACAUCAUCGUCGACGACGGCGACGACCACUACCCUCACUUCCUGCCCUGCACGCCUGUGUCACCGGGGGUUCCUGUCUGCAUGAACCCCACCUACAGCACCAACAUCACACAGAAGCACCAGGACAUUGUUCUGGAGUUUUCUCCUGGACCAAUCAGAGCGGAGGAUGGAGACAGAGGGAUCGAUUCUCCUCUGAUCUAUUCAAUCCUCUCAGGUGAUGACCAGGGCAGGUUUGUGAUCAACAGCAGGACGGGAGACAUCAGGUUGACCCGCGCCGUCGACGACCUUCUCCAGACGAGGAACUUCACCCUCAGCGUCAUGGUGCACCAGGUGGACGACCGGCUGAAGUACAGCGUGGCGUCGGUUCUGGUUCGAGUCCUCCACGAGAACCUGUUCCCUCCGGCCUUCAACCGGACCACCUUCAAGGGCUUCAUCAUCCAGAGCUCCAGCCCCGCCUCCAUCGUCUCCACCUAUGGGAACCAGGUGCUGCAGAUGCAGGCGUUCGACCGCGAUUUCUCUCACGGCCACAAUCCAAACAUUCACUACUCCGUCCAUCCGCCGUCUGGACUCUACCAAGUCACCCAGGACGGGGUCCUGAUCGCCAGGACGGACCAACUGCGUGCCUUCGACAGACACAUUCUCCAGGUCGUGGCCAGAGACAAAGAAUCGGGAGAAGAAGCUUCCGCCUCAGUGGACGUUGAAGUCCUGCAGAGAGGACAGGCAGUCCCCCGCGGUGCGUUCACGGAGCAGCAGCUGUUCGGACAUGUGGACAGCCGGCUGGCCGGAGGGAUCGCCCUCAUGCUGCUGCUGCUGUUCCUGUCAGCCGUCCUGUUCGUCCUGCUGCGGACCGUCCAGAGAGGACGACUGCCGGAGCCGCGGGACGACGCGGCGGCGGAGAAACAGUCCAGCGUGGUGAGCUCCAGCCCCCAGAUGUUCAUGGACGAUCCGCCGUACAGCCGAGCGUUCGGCCGUCAGUACGAGUCGGCGCAGGGCGACAGCUUUCACGGAGCGCCGGGGAUCUACACCCGGAGGCCGUCCCACCGCCUCCCGGCUUCGGCCCUGGAGCUCGCCAACCCCGCGGGCCGCUGCAGGUUCCACACCGACCUGUUCGCCGUGGUGGAGAAGCCUCCAGGGGGCGCUCACGGCUGGGAGAUCGCGCUGCCGCCGCUGGUGCCUGCCGGCCUGUCGCCCACCGAGGAGUCCGACGGUUCCCUCGGGGGCGACAACUCAGACGGGACCACCAGCCAAUCACAGGAGACGCUGCGCGAGGCUAAAGGAGAACAUCAGACCAUGUGUUUGUCUGAUGUUCAGCCAAUCAGAGAACAGGACCCAAAUCCAAGUCACCAGCCAAUCAUAGAAGAGGACAAAGACUGA